GCCAUACCCUGCAUCGGCGGAGCUCCUACCUGGCACCAUAGCUGGUCUUCACACCAACGCUCCUGCAGCACAGAGGGCACGUGACAACAGUUAGCACAUGGCGGCAGUUAUCUGCAGGCCACGUCAGGAGUGACAUGUCAGCUGACAACAGUGCCAUGGCAGCAGUGCCACGUCAGCAGGCCACAUCAGCAGGCCAUGUCAUCAGGCCAUAUCAGCGACAUGUCAGCCGACAGCUGUGCCACGUCAGCAGCUGCUCAGUGCCAUAUCAGCAGCCGCUCAGUGUCACAUCAGCAGUUCCGCAGCAUAUGCCCAUGCUCACCCGAUCACAAACAGGCGACAUGGAGCAGAAGCAAGGGGAAACAACCGAGGCCUAUGAGGCCCGCAUGCUGACCUUGAUGGCAGAAAUCAAGCAGCGGGCAGACGCGGCGACAGCCGCGUGGAAGAAAGAGGAGGAUGAGGCAGAGAAACCACGUUGUCUUGUGGAGGAACAUCGCCAAAAGCAAGACGAAGCAGCAGCGAAGGCUGCCGAUGAGGAACGCAUACAACGAUGCAACAAGAUAUUUAAGGAGGAAAGCGCACUACUUGCACUGGCCGCGGAAUGGCAGACGGAGGCAAAAGGCGGGGAAAUCAGCAACAGUGGGAUCAAGCUCUCACUUUUGCUUUCCCUCUUCACGGACCUCCUGGCUACCUGCAUUGCACAGCAGGAGGACAUCCACUGCCUUAACCAUGCGGUCCAUGACCACAAGCAGACGGUCACACAGUUGACCAGCCGCAUACAGCUACUGGAACAGCAGCAAUGCACUGCCACUCCAGACGCCGGCCCGUCCAACCUCGCCGUUCGUGUCAACGUUUUAGAGGUUGCCGUAGGUAUGCUCAAGGACGGCGCUCAGCAGCAGCAGGCAACAAAUCAGCAGCUUGAACAGCAGAUUUGUGCAGCAGCCGCCGGUCCUACCUCGUCGCCUCACGAGCGCAUACCAAAGUUUGAUGGCCUUCCGAUCUUCUGCGAUGCAACUAAGACCGAGCCUAUUCCUUGGUGGCGCCAGUUUGAACUGAUACUGGACAUCCACAAGACCUGCGACCCCAGCCGACAUGUGUAUUUAUAUCACUGGUCGGGGGGCGCGUGCCAAGCUUGGCUGGAUAAUAUGUUGUCUACGCACAAGGUCAAAAUCUUCGAGCUGCACACGAAGAUCAGUUGGAAGGAUCUCAAGGCAGCAUGGCAUAGGCGGUUACAAGUGGAGCCGCCCGAGUUUCAGGCAAUGAACAAACUCGGAAAGUUCUAUCAGAACACCUUGCCAAGCGUGGACUGGAUCAUCGAGUACCAACACUUGGCAUCCACGCCCGACUUGCCACUCGCCUUUAAGGGCAUCAAACACUUAUUCAUCAAGAGGUCGUGCCCGGCGUUGCAGAACGCAUUGAUGCAAGUCGCGGAGACUCUCACAACAAGUGAGGAACUCUUCAAUAAGGCCUCGCAGAUAAUUGUGACGAACAUGGAGGCCCGCAAUGCUGGCCGUUCGUCUUCUGCCGGUCAGGGCAGAGACCAGCAUCGGCCGAAAGUGGCCGUGGUUGCAGCAACAAUGCCGACCAAUCCUUCAAACAAGGCCGCACCAUCAAACGAGGGAGAAAGAUUAGCAGCCGCUCGGGAUAGUGGCCGCCCCAUCAAAGGUCGAGGACGCGGCAAAUCGAAGACAAACACCGCUUCAUCCACCGGGCCCGGACAAGCAGCUCAAGAACCUUGGUCACAUUACGGUCUCUCGAAGGGUGCCUACAAGGUCCGCAUGAGAUACCGGUAUUGUUUAUGGUGCAACGGCGUCCUACACGGGACGGUUAGCUGUCCUGACAAGGCCAAGUGAAAGUCCCUUCCGAGAAAGUGAGCACCGCCGAGAGUGAAAUGGUUGCACUCUCGACGCCUUCGGAACCCGUUGCUUCGCGAG